AGAACUCAAAAAAGGGGAUUACUGGUUAACGUGAACCAAGCAAAAGAAAAGAAAGUUCCUCUUGUUUUCCUUUAUAUAUAUAUAUAUAUAUAUAUAUAUAUAUUCUCCACCACCUAAAAUAUAAUCUUUCCUUCUAUAUCUUUCUCUCUUAGAUGUCUUGCCUUGCCUAUUAUUAGUACUUCUUGCCCUUUUAUCCACACCUUUUCACUUAAGAGACACAACAAGCUUACAUUCUCUGUCUGGUCCCUUGUUUUGGGCCAAACUACUGAGGUGCUUUCCUUAUUUCAUUGAAAAAUAAUGCUAGGAGAAAAUACAGUUAAUCCUGAAGGAGAAUUCAAGAUCAGUUUUGGUUAUGAAUGCAAUGCCCAUAACGGUUGCUCUUGCAUGGUUCCUAGUGGAUUUGAAAGUCUUCCUGGAAAAAUCCCUAAGAAUAGCAGCUUCUCUCGCUUGUCUGGUGCUGCCUUAAGUGCGAAUGCCACAUUGGCCAACACAAAUAUCUGCAAUGGUGUAAUAGGGGCAGAAAUACUUCCCAGCUGGGAUUCCCCUAAUUCGUUUCGUAGGAUUCCUUCAUCACCAACUCUUUCAAGGUUGGAUGUAUUAUCAUCUUCUCUUCAAAGCAGUAUGUCAAACCUAAGUUGUAGUCCACCCACCCCAAGUCCACCUGAAUAUGAUUCUUGUUCAUUUAGAUCCAUGAGUGCUCCUUCUAGAAAUGAAGGUUUUCUUAAUGCAAUGGAAGUUCAAGUGGCAGGUGGAGCUGCUGGUGAAGACAGGGUUCAAGCUGUCUGUUCUGAAGAAAAUGGCUGGCUCUUUUGCGCAAUCUAUGAUGGCUUCAAUGGAAGAGAUGCAGCUGAUUUUCUGGCUGGGACAUUAUAUGAGAACAUCAUACAUCAGACUAGAUUAUUAGAUUGUGACUUGAAGCAGGAUGUUACCGGAGCUUCGAAUGUUUUCUAUCCGCAGGGUCCCUUUCAACAUGCUUUCAAGGGAGCUAAUAAUAGUCAUGUAGAGAAACCACCGACAGGAACUUUUGAUAAGAACAAUUCAAGUAUAAAAAAGUCCAUUAAUAAUGCUCUAGUUCAUGAUUCAUCUGAUUCAUUUAGACAGGGGAUGCUAGAUAGCCUUCAGCGUGCCCUUAGUCAGGCUGAGAAUGAUUUCUUGUACAUGGUAGAGCAGGAAAUGGAGGAUCGCCCUGAUUUAGUAUCUGUUGGUUCAUGUGUCUUGGUCGGCCUUCUUCACGGGAUGGAUUUGUAUACACUUAAUCUGGGUGAUAGCAGAGCUGUAUUGGCAACAUACGAUGAGGGCAGCAAUAUGAAGGGCUUUGGGCGAAUAAAACCUAUCCAGCUCACUGAUUCUCACACUGUAGAUAAUGAACUUGAAAGAAGUAGAGUGUUGUCUGAUCAUCCCGAUGACCCAGCAGUGAUUGCAGGUGGAAAAGUUAAGGGAAAACUGAAGGUCACUCGAGCCUUGGGAGUUGGAUACUUAAAAAAGAAAAACCUAAACGAUGCAUUGAUGGGUAUUCUUCGAGUUCAUAACCUCAUAAGCCCUCCAUACAUUUCUACUGAACCAUCGCUGAAUGUGCAUAGGAUAUCAAAAUCAGAUCACUUUGUUAUCGUUGGCAGCGAUGGUUUGUUUGAUUUCUUCAGUAAUGAUGAGGCAGUAAAGCUUGUGCAUUCUUACAUCAUGAGCAACCCCAAUGGUGAUCCAGCAAAGUUUCUACUAGAGCAGCUUGUAGGGAGAGCUGCUGAUUGUGCAGGUUUCAGCAUGGAAGAAUUGAUGAAUAUUCCAGCAGGUAGGAGGAGAAAAUACCAUGAUGAUGUGACUGUAAUUGUGAUUAUUCUUGGAAUAAACCAGCGCACCUCAAAGGCAUCAACUUGGGUGUAAGUUUUAUGGGACUGUUCUCUGUCUUGCAAUAGAGUAUUUGGUUGUCUCUAUUCUGUAGUUAUAGGUUUCAAAUUGUACAUAUCUGAUGCAAAGAAACAAGAUAUAUUUUCUUUUAUUUUUUUAUGAUCUCAGAAUUAGCACGA